CUUCAGUAUGGUUAAACAGUGUAACAUGGCGACUUGAUUGGCGAUUGCUCGGUGUGGGUUAGUUUCUAAUUUUAAGUGAAUUUCGUGCAGUCCAUCCUUCCAAGAUCACUUAAAUCCUGUCGCGAGGAUAUAUAUCGUGUCACUGAAGCCCUUGAAGUGUGAUUGUGCGUGACCCGGUGGUGUGUGCUUGGUGAGGGUGAGGUGGGUAAAAAAAAGAGUGCGGAGCCUCCAAUUGAGGGAUCCACGCACACAUUCACGAUCGUACCAGCAGGUUACGUCAAAGCAAAGUCCGAUUGUGAGAUUCAAGUGCAUUCCCCAGAAAUUCCAGAAGUGCACACAGACUCAGUGGAACACACAGCUGAGCGAUAUCGAGAGAAAUCUCUACUCUCGAUGGUCAUCAAGGUGGAUCCCAGUGAUUUCAGACACUGAACUUGGAAGCACCACACUGCACCUGCAACGGUGCUUUGGCCAGGAGAGUCUGAUUGCGCAAGAGGGCCUUGGACAGACACCUGGCCACCAUGGAGACGAUGGAGUAUGAGCUGGCGAGGAAUAUGACACUAUUGUUCUUCCUCGAGAGGCUCCUGGACAAAGGAGAGCCACGCACUCUCCAUGAUUUGUCAUGCCAAUUUGGUGCGAAGGGCUUCACGAGGGAGAUGCGACAGAUCGCUGGAGGCAGUCAAUCAGGUCUGAAAAAAUUCCUUGCCGGGUAUCCUGCCCUGUUCUACAUCAAUGGAGACUAUGUCCAUGUAAAUACAUAUCUAUCGGCCUCUCCGGAUGAUCCGUCUGGAGUUACAAGUGGUCGACGGGAUUAUACGCAAGAGGCCAAGGAAUACUUUAAGAAUAAACUCCUGAUGUAUGGACUUGGGACAGAAGUACCCAUCCGGAGUCUCCUGGGCCAUCGGAGUCAGGCAUCACCGCAAGUUCGACAUAUUUCUGGGCAGCACAUAAAGGAGUUCACGGACUUUCUCUCCAAGCAUCCGGAUACAUUUACCGUGAUUGAGGAACAUGUGAUGCUCGUGGAGACUGAUGAUCUCAAGGAUAUUCCUGUUGGUGAGCGACUCCAUCUGCCACAACCCUCAAUCGAUACAAUUGCCACGCAACAGUUGCUCGACUUUUUUGCUCACUGGAUCGAAAACAAAGGGCCAAUUUUGGUUGAUCAGCUCUUCCACAUUGUAACUUCCAAAUUUCCUGAGGAGAUGUGGUUGCGAAUGUUCAAGACACCGAGUGAUCUGUCUACAUUCCUCAAACUCUUCUCCGAUUGCUUCCACAUUCAAUCCAAUCUAGUCACACUACUGCAGAAACCUCGACUGUCGGACGCACAUAUUCAGCAGGCACAGGCCAGGGCUAGGGAUCAUUUCAAUAAUAAUGCCGCCACAAGGACUCAAUCACCUCAAAUGAGACUGCAGAAUAAUAAUAAUCUGAUGGGUGGUGGGGGGUUGCAGCAGACUGUGGGGGAUUUCAAGUUGAAUGAACCAGUGACGAGUGGUAGCAGUAAUUCACCGACGGUGAGCAAUAAGAGUGAGCCAAAUAGUGGAUUUGACAGUUUGGUCCACGAUGAUGCCAAAUUGGACAGUUUGUGCGAUAGAAAUUGUCCAAGUGGGACCAUUGGGUCCUACUAUACGAGUUCCACACCUCCGGCUCCAAGUGCACCGGUAAAUCAGCCGGCGCAGGUGGUGCAGCCGCCGGCGGAGAAGCCUACAGCGAAGAAUCAGACACUGAAGCAGAGAAUCAACAGUUUGGUGAUUAAGACACUGGCGGAGAAUCUGGAGAAGGAUAAGCAGGCAAUGAGUGCUCUGCAGGGGGCAAAUGCAAAUCUGGGAGAGGGUGGAAAGUCAUCUCAGAACUCCAGUCCCGUUCAUGUCAAUAAUUACUUCGUGGGGGAUACGUGGAAGAUAAAAGUACUGCAAAACACUCGUGUUAUUGCGACAAUCAAGGAAUGCUCCUUCGUCUGCGAAGCUAUUCUAAAGUCCGCCGUCAAUGAUCAGGUGGUUAUCAGUUUUGACUGCGAGGGCAUUAAUUUGGGGGCCAAAGGGCAACUGACUCUCGUGGAGAUUGGUACAACGCGUGGCGAGGCUUUUAUCUUUGACAUUCUAACGUGUCCGGAAAUGGUGUCCGAUGGUGGAUUGAAGACACUCCUUGAGAGUGAAAAUGUCAUCAAAAUCAUUCAUGAUUGCCGCAAUGAUUCCAUCAAUUUGUACAAUCAAUUUGGCAUUUUGCUGAGAAAUGUCUUCGAUACCCAAUCGGCUCAUGCCAUUCUGCAGCUUCAGAAUCACGGGAAGCAAGUGUACAAGGUGAAAAAUGUUUCACUGAAUACACUGUGUGAGAUGUAUGGUGCACCAAUUAAUCCCAUGAAGGAUCAACUGAAGAAUGUCUAUCGCAGAGAUCAAAAAUACUGGGCCAGGAGACCACUAUCACGCGAUAUGCUUCUCUAUGCAGCCGGUGAUGUCCUCGUGCUGAUCAAUGAGCAACUCUAUGCAGCCAUGGCAAGUGCCAUAUUGCCGGAAUAUCGUGGAUUGUUGUCUGAAUUGUGCACAGAACAGAUUCUAAUGCUAAUCCGUCCAAUUGAGGUGAAAAUGAGGAAGAAACAGAGAAAAAUUAGCACUGAGGUGGCCGAUUUGCGUGCUAAAUUGUCACAGUCGAGCAAUAAGAAUAUAGUUUUAAGUAAUCGAGAAAUUCGCCUGUUGCGCUACUUGGACUUGACGGAGGAGGAGAAGGAGAAACUCAAAGGAUCUUACAAAGUGGCCAAGAAACUUGAGAAAUUGGAGAAUCUAGGACAAGAUCGUGACCAAAGUGAUUCUGAGGAUGAUGGUGAGGUUGCUGAGCAGGAAUAUGCCAGUCUGGAUAGUGUUCCAUCGGAUAAUUCACUGCCAGGUGCUGGGACAUUCUCUCCGCGGAAUUCUGAGCCACCAAGUCUCACGGAAUCCAUGCAGCUAAUGGAUGAAAUUCUGUCAGAUACGACAAUGGACAGAAUGGCAAAGAUUGAUAAGCUUGAGGCUAUUUUAUCAGCAGCUACACUUCUUCCAAGUGAUCCAGUCUUCUCCCAGACACCUGAUCAAAUUCUUUCGGCCACGAGUGCGAUCCUGAACGCAAACAACGAACACAAUCUCAAAAAUCAAAUGCAUCGCGAUGGAGAGAACAGAAGCUCUGGAAAGUGCUGCCAAUGUUCAUGUCACCACGAUAAGGUAUCAGGUCGUGGUGUAAAUAGCCUGGGGAGCCGUCAGAAGUUGGUGGCGAAGCAGGAUGAGGCUUGUCAGACGCUCAGCACAGGUGAUAUUGUGAUAACGAAAAUAUUCUUCAAGGAGGAUCAGGAGAAGGCUCAAGAGAAAAUUCUCACGUCAACACUCAAAAAGAGUGUCAAUUAGUGAGAGAUUUUCUCUGGGAGAUUGGUGGAAGGAGGGCCCUACAACAAAAGGUGCUGCUUACGGUGAGCAAUAGUAAAAUCUUUAAAAAAAAAAGUCCUUUUUAAAUUCUCCCCCGAAAACGUUCUCAUAUUAAUUCCAAGUGAUGCUCAAUAAAGCCUUGAGCGAAAUAACAAUCAUUGAAGAGAGGAGAGAGAUAUAAAAAAAAAAUAUUUUAUUGGUUAAUAUCCUCGCUGCGUAGUAUUUUUGAUAGGUGAAGAAAAUAGUUUACGGUCAGUGUUAGGAGAAGAAAUUUUGUGUUUUUUUCUUUCGGAGACAAGAAACCCUCUCUUGCAAUAUAUAUAUAUAUAUAUAAUAUUCUUUAAGAUGAAAAAGUUAUUGUAUUAUAUAGAAAAAAAAAGUGAAAAAUCAUUGAAUUAUUUUUAUUGGACCAAUUUUUUUAGAUGCAAUAACCAUUGUAUAUUUAACAAAAUGAUAAUAAUCGAGAUGGAUGAUGGAAUAUUCUCCUCUUUAGAUUAAUAGCAUAAUUGUAUAAAUUAUUUACAAAAAAGGAUAUACAGAAAACAAACAAAAAAAAAACUUUUCUUGUUCGAUGAGAUUACUGUGAAAUACGAAGGAUUUAUCAUCUCGAAAAACACAUCACUAACAUUAUCUAGUGCCUUUCUAUUUUUUAAUUAAUAAUAUUUACAACCAAUGAAAUCAAAAUAUCCUAUUAUUACGUUGACAUAGUAACUUUAUAUAGUUUUUUUUGCUGGGUGAAUAUAGAAAGAUAAAAGUAACUUAAAUGAGUCAAUUCUUCGAUUUGCAAUACACAAAGUGCGUUUUUUAUAUUAAUAAAUUUAAAACAAAAAAUCUGUGAAAGGGGAAUAAAGAAUUAAGUAAAAUGUAUAUUUCUUUAAUAACUAAAACUUUAUUUAUUGUAGUUGAUUCCUCUUGAAAAACAAAAAAACAAAAAAAUUAAAAAUAUUUUGUGUAUUCAAUUUCAAGUGAAUUCCAAUAUUUAAACUUCGAAGAUGUUUUAUUUGUUCUUCUUCUUCUGUUUUCUUGAACAAGAAUAAAGUUGAAAAGUGUAUAAAGUUUCUUACAUUGUAAUCUUUAUAGAAAACAAGAACACUAAUAUUUAUUGUUAAUCAAUUUGUAUAUAAUAGUUGCCAUAACGUGAAGUAAAGGAAAAAAAAUCGUAUAUUUCUUAUGAAUGAGAUAAAUGUGUUUUGUACACAAUUUAAAAAAAAAUGGCAAACAGAAUUAUUUAUAACCAGAAAAAAAACCACUUAUUGAAAAAUGCAAUAACACCCCUCUGUUUUUUUCCCAUUAUGUGAAAAUGAACAUGUAUAAAAAAAAUAUUAAAAAGUUAACAUUUUAUUAAUGAUAUACAAGAUGAGAGGUUGGGAUAUAAACAUAUUAAAUGUGUAGGCAAAGUAGAUAUUUUUUUCGGCUUCAAUUGUAGGUGUUCAAUGAUGAAACAGUCAAGCAAUGAAGAUUUGUAUAAAAAAAAAAUACCUACGAAAAUAAUUCUUGAGACUAAACAAUUGCUCAUUUAUCUAAACGAACAUUGGGGAGAUAAUAAUGGAAGAAAAAAAACUACCACGAGAAACAUUUUAAUAGGGAAGGAAUACUAAUGAAUUUUUUAUUACACAUGAAAUAUAUCAAUUGUAAUAUUGAAAUAUUAAAAAUUAUUUCCUAAAUAA